AUGGAGAUUGGGUGUGGGAUAAUGAGAAUCCGUAAGAUGAUACAAGUAUUUGGGAAAGCUUUGGUAGAAAAGACGGCAGAGUUGAUUGUAGUAGAUUACAUGGGAAGGAGCGACAUGGACAACAUGCAAUCACUGAAAAGGAAAUGGCAAGAAUUGUGCUGCAAAGCAUCUGACGUAGAAGAAGAAGUGAAGGGAGAAGAAAUGUCAGGUAAAAAGAAAAGGAAACGUGAAGUUGAUGGUUGGUUGAAGGACGUUAAAAAAUUAAGUCCUGAAAUUGAUGCAUUGGAAAGAAGAGGAUCAUCUUGGAGGCUUCCACUAAAGGAGGAUCCUGUAGGAAAGCUGCAGCUUCAGGUGGAAGAACUUAUUCAGCAGAGCCACCAUUUCAAUGGGCUUGUGCUCGAUACUUAUGACAAAAUUGGGGAGCCAUGCCUGCCAACCAAAUUGUUUGGAGUAAAGUUCGAGGAAGCUUUGCAGAGAAUUUGGCCAUGCUUGGUGACCGAUGAUAUAUCAAGCAUUGGGAUUUAUGGUAUGGGCGGAGUUGGUAAGACCACACUGGCGAGGCACAUUGAGUACCAUCUUUUAGAAAAGAACAAAUAUCGCGUGCUUUGGGUUACAGUAUCUCAAGAAAAUUUCAGUAUCACCAGUUUGCAGGAUAAGAUUGCCAAUGUCUUAGGCAUUCGUCUGUCAAAUAGGGAUGAGGAAGAAGUCAGGGCAGAUAUAUUGCGUGGGGCAUUCAGCAGAAUGAAGAGAUUAGUAGUGCUCAUUUUGGAUGAUGUUUGGGAAGAAUUUUGUUUAGACAGGGUAGGGAUUCCUCUUCAUCCAAACAAGUGCAGAUUGAUUUUGACUACACGCUCACUGGAAGUGUGCAACAGGAUACAAUGCCAAAGAAAAUUUGAUUUGCAAACUUUGGACAAAGACGAAGCUUGGGAUUUGUUCAAGUAUAGACUUGGCAGCGAGACCUUGCUUCAAGGAGAUUUGGACAAUAUUGCCAAGUCCAUAGUGGAAGAGUGUGGUGGUUUGCCUCUUGGUAUUAUCACAGUGGCUGGAAGCAUGAGAGGUGUGAGCGAUAUUUGUGAGUGGAGAAAUGCAUUGGAACAAUUGAAAACAUGUUCAAUAGGGUAUGAUGAGAUGGAACGAGAUGUGUUUCCCAUUCUGGAAUGGAGUUUCAAUCGCCUGAGCAAAUGUGAAAAGAAUUGCUUCUUGUAUUGCUGUCUUUAUCCGGAAGAUCGGAAAAUACAAAGAGAGGAACUAAUAGACCUCUUUAUUUGGGCAGAGCUGAUGUCAAAACGGGGCUCAACGUCAAAAGCAUUCGAUCAAGGUCAAACGAUAUUAAACAAACUGAUAAGAGUUUGCUUGCUGGAAGAAACUAGAGAUUCUGAAGGGGAUGACUGUGUGAAGAUGCAUGAUUUGGUCAGAGACAUGGCAUUAAGGAUCACGCAUGGAAACUCCAAACCAGAGAGCAGCAGAGAUGAUGUACCACGAUUCUUGGUGAAAAGCUUAGGACAGGAACAUUCAAUAGUAGCACUGGAACAAGAAGAGUGGACAGAAGAUCUCCGUGCAGUUUCCUUCUAUUCACAAACUUUAAAAGGAACAAAAAUUCCACCAGCCUGGUCACCAAAUUGUCCUAAGCUCUCAACCUUGCUUCUUUCUCGGGUUUCCAUAAAAGAAAUCCCAGAUUCAUUCUUUCGGCACAUGUGUGGACUUAAAGUUUUGAAUCUAUCUCAGUGCUACAAUAUAACAGAACUGCCUAAUUUUGUUUCAGACUUGGUGAAUCUCACUGCUCUGAUUUUGGAGGGUUGUGGAGGCCUCCGAUUUGUGCCACCACUGGGAAAGCUCAAGCAAUUGAGGGAUUUGGAUCUAUCCAGAACUGAGAUUGAGGAUUUACCUGAAGGCUGGGAGUCACUGGUCAACCUCGAAAGUCUUAACUUGCGUGAGUGUUGGGCUGUAAGACGAAAGAUAAUACCAAAAGGGACAUUUUCCCAAUUGCACCGUCUUCAAUGGCUAUUAUUGCCAUAUGGUAGGGUACAAGUUAUGGAUUUAGAAGUGUUGAACCAAUUAGAAGUUUUUAUAGGAUGUUUGCCUUUUACGGACUUUUAUAUAAUUACUCGGUGGCCAAAAUACUAUAAUGUUUAUAUCAAUAACAUCUUAACUGAGGAUCCGUUUUAUGACGGGGACAGUGAUUGUGAGGACCAGGAGAAACAACUGUAUUUCCAUCAGUUUAAGCUUGGUAGAGGAUGGAACUAUCUGCCAGAUGACAUGAAAAGUUUGACAAUCGAGGAUUGUGAGGGCAUGGUCAUUAGGUGCUUGUCAGAUGCUUUUAGGAAUUUUACAAAUUUAAGCCACUUAUCUAAAUUGGUUAUUGAGGAUUUGAUUGGAAUAGAGUUCCUCUGGCAAUUGUCCUUCGCUUCUCCACGUGAUCAGUUGGAAGUCUCGUCUUUUAGUCCACUCCGUGAUCUCCAAGUGCUAAGCCUCAACAGGUUGCCAAAUCUGGUUGGUCUAUUUUACGGAGACUCAGAACCAUAUUUGCUUCCAGCUAGCACCUUUUCUUCCCUUAAAGAAUUGUGGAUUUCUAGAUGUCACAACAUGAAGCAGCUAUUCACACUGCAGUUGCUGCAGAACCUUCAAAAUCUUGAAAUAUUAGGAGUUGAAGAUUGUGAAGGACUGGAGGAGAUAGCAGCAGAUGGCUUCCAAUUGACUUCAAGUGGAGCCACCGCAACAGUCAUCCUUCCAAAAUUAAAGUUUUUGAAUCUGUGUUGGCUGCCACAAUUGAAUAAUAUUUGCAAGGCAGCCUUGAUCUGCAAUUCAAUCUAUCAGAUUGAAAUAUCCGGUUGUCCAAAGGCAAAGAGGCUGCCUUUGUUUCUUCCUACCAUCAACGGACUACCAUCUCUUCCUAGCACUCUUCAUAAAAUCAAGGGAGAUAAAGAGUGGUGGGAAUCGUUAGAGUGGGAAAAUCCUUGUGCCAAAAAUGCCCUUGACCCAUAUUUUACCACGCAGUAGCGGAUCCCAUUUCUUUGAUGAAGACCACCUGUUUGAUCAAAAUCCUGACGGAUUCUCAUGUUACCAGGUAGCCACAAAAUUGCUGCUGCAAGAGAGUUGAUGUUGCAAAAACAAGUGUUAAAUGAAGCUUUGUCCACCAACGCCAAAUUUCUUUCAGUACAUGCUUCUUCUUUAGCUAUAUUACAGUUGCUGUUUUUCAUCAUGUGUAGCUUUCUAUUCC